UUCUCAGUUUCAUCUCGGGCUCCGUUCAGUCAACAUGUUCGGAGACCAUCCCGUAUUUUAAUAAUUUUCUAAAUUUUAUUAUUUUCGGAAAAAAAACGAAAACGAAAAAAUAAUUCUAGUUUUAAUGAAAACGGUAAAAAAAGAGAAAGCGAAAAAAUAAUUCUAGUUUUAAUAAAAAAAACAGUAUAUGUUAAUGGAAAUAAAAAAAAAAUAUGGAAUUUCGUGUACCUUGCAGAUACAAUAGAGAAUAUCUGUCCAAGAUGCGUCGCUCAUCGUUCACACCCGUCUUCAAUCUGAGCACCCAGGAGCCGUUGAUUGUCGUCGAGGAGUCUCAUGCCGCUGAGGAUGGUGAUGAUCUGGAGGGGGCUGCUGGCGGAUGCGACCCAAAUGCGACAGGCGGUACUAAGCGAACGAACAGCGACGACUCGGAGCCGGACUCGCCGGUGAAUCCGUACCUGCUCUGCCCGUUUCCGGACAUGCAGCAGCGCCGGAAGCACUCGCUACCGUCGCUCCAGAUCACCGAGGGCAUCACCGCCAGCCAGGUGCGGCGCCUAUCGGAGGUCGGCGGCGAGACCGGCGGUCUCAGUCCCAAGGAGGUUGAGUUCCUAGCAACUCUCUCCCAGAAGGCCAAUCCGACGGCCGGCGGACGACGUCACUCGGUGGUCACCAUUUCGGCUGUACCGCCCACGCUCUUCGGCCGCAAUCGUCGCGAGUCCAUUUCCGGUGUUUCAUUCAGUGGAAGCCGUCGUGGCAGCGGAAUCGCCGGACCACCGUUGACGGACCACCGCGGCAGCAUCCACAACUUGCAGCUGGACAUCAUGGACGGGAUCGUGCAGCAGCGCAAGACGCGCAGUGGCAGCGGUGUCUGGACAGCGCCCGUCCUGCAGGAGGCCGACAGCAAUGUCCCGGUCCAGACAUAAGCGACGCAACAAGGAUAUGCACCGACAAAAAAAAAAAAGCAAAAACCAAAAAAAAAAGGAGAGGGGAUAGAUAGCAGGAUAUAUAGAAGAGGGGAAAGGAUGUAUUGGAAGGAGAUUGUUUGGAUUUCGUUACGUACUUUCCUUUUUUGCAUUUUGGACUUUUUUUAUUUUGGCGAGAGAAAGGAAAUGGCAAAAAGGAAAUGACGGCACACGGAUCGACGGGGUAAAGAACUCAAGCACACCACAGAGCAAAUGAAACAAAAACCAAAAAAAAAUAUGAAAAAUGUGAAAAAAAAAAUGGAAAAGGAAACAAGAAAGUCGAAAUAAGAAUAACUAUUGGACUGCGUAUUCCUAGGAAUAUAAGAAUACAAGAAAUUGGAAUACGCAGGACAUCUCUAUUAUCAGUUCCCACUCUAUACGCUUUCCCCUUUAACCUUCUUCCGCUUCCACCAUCGUUUUCACCGUCACUUCCGCUUUCUCUCCAUUCUGCCGGGAAAUUGCUUUUCGCGGCUGCCCCUAUAAAGCAAACAAACAAACCGCAGAAACCACCAUUUGGAGCAAAAAAAAAACCGAAAAAUCGCCAACCAAAAAAAAAAUAAAAUUCAAAAAAUUCGCACCAAUGCGAGAUGGAUGGAAAAAUUGGCAGAAGAACACGCCCAAAAAAAAAAAAAUAGAACGGAAGGAAAAUGACGGCGGUGGGACGAACAUAAGAACAAAAAAGUAAAAAAAAAUAAUAUAUAAAAAAUUCAUUUAAAAAAUACUACCAAAAAUAAACAACAAGAAUAGUAUGGAAGAAGGUUGAAAGGAAGGCAUAAAUAAUUACACUAAAAUAGAAAAAAAAGGGAAAAAUUUUUAAUAAUAAUAUGAAACAACAGAGAAUCUAUUGGAACUCGAAAAAAUACACUAUAAGAGGAGUUACACAAAAUUAAUCGAACAAAUAAAGAAGGAACUGAAUGACAAAAUCGAACGCAAGAUGAAGAAA